UUGCUAACAAGAUGGCUCGUUCAAACAUUCAAUACCAACAAACAUUGACAAAACAGCGUUAUGAUCGAAAUAGAUCCAGUCCUGUUUACAACAUUGAUGAUCUCGUUUGGCUCAAAAUAUUAAUCGGUCGGUCAAAGUUAGAUGAACGAUAUCGUGGUCCCUAUCGAAUUACUGAUAAAAUUACUGCAGUCAAUUACAUGUUAGCUGAUAGUGAUGGUGCAUUGGUGGCACACGUCAAUAACUUAUUACCGGUUUAUGAACGCUUGAUUUAG